AUGUUCUUUAUGUGCGUUACUGUAGGCCUUGUGCUUCUGGCCUCCAAGUAUCGCAACAACGUACUUCGGAGUGUCAAGCAACUGUGCCACAGUAUAACAAAAAAAAGCACAGAUAAUAACAAUAAGAAAAAUCGUCAAGAUGACGAUGAUGAAAAAAAAGUAUUAAAUAUUUCAUUGGACAAAGUUAUUCUGGUUGAUUCACCAGAAAAAUGUGACUACGCCGUUCAACGUAUUCGCUGCAAUUUGUCAGAUGGAGUUCUAGGAUUUGAUUGUGAAUGGGUAAAUGAAGAACCUGUAUCCUUGCUUCAACUAGCUACUCACAAUGGUGUUUGCGCAUUAUUUCGCCUGAGUAAGAUUGGCCAUAUUCCUCCUAAACUCAAAGAGUUGCUAUCUAGUAGAGAUUUACUGAAAGUAGGUGUUGCUUCAUUCGAUGAUGGAAGGAAGAUUGCCAAAGAUUACAAUUGUCAGGUGGUUGGAACUGUGGAUUUACGAAUGCUGGCCCAUCGCCAUUCAUUGCCAAGCCCAAAAAGUUUAGCAGCACUCUGUGUGCAGUAUUUAGACACUGAAAUGGAUAAAAUUCUAGAAGUGAGAUGUAGCAACUGGAAUGCAGAUUCUCUCACCAAUGAACAGAUAUCAUAUGCAGCACAUGAUGCUUAUGCAGCUGUUCUUAUUUAUCAUCAGAUACUGCAAAAGAUUGUACAGAAACGAUCGAUAUGGGAAAGUUUAUUUUUUUACAUCAAACGUCUACAGAGUCUGAGCAAGAGUCAGAGGUUUUUUAAUUUACCUAAUGACAUAAUUGAUACGAGGUUCAAGGGUUCAAAAGAUAGAGUCAAUAUAGAUAAAUGUGUUGUUAAUAAUAUUGGUCAAAUUAUAAAAAAAGUUAGUAAUGUCGACUAUAAAAGCAGUGUGCCAACAAGAAAUAAACCAUUGUAUCACAAUUGUUAUUUGCAAGCACCUGAUGGUGAUAUUUUAUGCACAUGUGACAAAAAGAAGGCCCAGUGGUAUGUCUCAAAGCAACUAGGAGAAGUUGUUCAAGAAGAUCCAUUUACAGUAAAACUUAAAUUUGAACCAUCGGGGCGUGCUUUGGGUGAAGUAGGAAAGUACUACACACAAGUCAAAGUAAAUCAGUGUGUGGUUUGUGGAAAUUCUGAUAAAUUUAUCAGAAAGAACGUCGUUCCUAGAGAAUAUCGAAGAUACUUUCCCUUGGUCAUGAAAUCACAUCAAUCACAUGAUAUUUUGUUACUGUGCCCAGCAUGUCAUGAAAUAAGUAAUUGUCACGAUCUGCAGCUCAGAAGAAAACUUGCAGAUUCCUGUGAUGCUCCUUUGUCAGGGCCAUUAUCACAUACGCGAGAUGAAGUUCCUAGAGACUGGCGAAUGCUACAAUCAGCAGUAAAAGUACUAAGAGAUGGUACUGUAAUACCUCAUAAGAGAAAAAAAGAAUUGGAGAUGUACGUUACAAAAUUCACUGGCAAUAGAGAAAUAACACCUAGCUUAUUAAAUGUUUUGCAUGAACAGCUAUCAAUGAAAUCUCCUCAAAAACACAAAUUAUUGCAAGAUCGCAUGAAGAAAAAUACAUCAACACCUCAAACAAAAUGUCAACCGCAUGGACAAAAAGUUGUGCAGUACUUUGAAAAUAGAGAAGGCGGUCUUGUUGAAUUAGAAAGAUUAUGGAGAGAACAUUUUCUAAGCACCAUGAAACCUAAAUAUUUGCCUGAAUUAUGGUCUGUGUGUCAUAAUCAAGAACGAUUGAGCAUUCGUCAGGUUCAAAGCAGAAUAGAACCAUCAGAUGCUAAAGUAGCUGGUAUAAAUAAUGUAUAAUUAUUUUUUUAAUGAAAUUAAUCAACUUGUACCUGAACAAAGUACUCGUAAAAGAGCAAGUACUUGAUUUGCAAGACUGUGUAUUAUAAAGCUUAUAUUUAUUGACCAAUAAAUUUAUAUUUGUAUAAC